UUCUUCCUUGUUUAGAUGAAGAACAUCCAAGGCCGGUAAAAUCAGUAACAGAAACGCGUUUUUAGGAGCAAAACUGUGGAUUUUUUACACAUUCAAAAAGGGUUUUUUUGAGGGGAAAAGGCGACUUUGAAGAUGAUAACAUCCAUAAACUGUUUUUUUUUAAAGAGAAACUUGAGAUUUUUAGUGUAAAACGUGCGCAUGUUAAGUCAUUAAAGAGUCCUUUGGCUGCUGAGAACGUUUUAUUUUUAAAUGACAUUGUUAAAAAAUUUUCGGAGUUUUUCGGUAUCGGAAUCGGAGUCGGAGUCGGAGUCGGGUUUCGGAAUGAAAAAAAUUGACUCCACAGGUCUCUAAUUGAAACAUAAGAAAUCUUAACAAUAGUUGUUCACAUUCGUAUUCGUGGUUUUCAGUACUCUACAGAAGAAUUCUAGACAUUCACUUUUGCUAAAUUACAGUAGAACAAUAAUAUUAAAGUUUUUUUUUUUUUUCAUACUUAAGAAUAUUCUUUCAUAAAAAAAAAAGUCGAUCUUUUCAAACAGCCUAUUUGUUUAAUCAUAGAAACGUCACAAAGAAUCGCAAACAUCCAAAGAGGAAGGUAAUGAUUUAUUCGGCCGUGGUGAAUAUGAUCAAGCAUUAGAAAAAUACAGUCAUGCAUUAUCUUUAUGUCCAAUGAAGCAUACUCGUGAUCGGGCUAUUAUCUAUGCAAAUCGUGCAGCAUGUUUGAUGAAGAUGGAAAAAUAUGAAGCUGCUGUUCAAUCGUGCACAGUAUCGAUUAAACUCGAUCCAAAUUAUAUAAAAGCUUUUGUACGUCGUGCUGAAUCUUAUAAAUCUAUUGAUAAAUUAGAAGAAGCAUUACAAGAUUAUCAGAAAAUUCUUGAACUUGAUCCAAAUAAUGCUCAAGCACGAAGAGAAGUCUAUAUUUUACCCGAUCAAAUAAAAGAUCGUAAUGAAAAAUUAAAAGAUGAAAUGUUAAGUAAAUUAAAAGAAUUGGGAAAUAUGGUAUUAAAACCAUUCGGUCUAUCCACAGAUAAUUUCAAACUUCAACAAGAUCCAUCGUCUGGCUCUUAUAGCGUUAAUUUUCAGAAAUGA